CACCAUAUUCAGAAAAGUCCUUGUUGAUAAAUCAUAAUCCGAGAGAAAAAGACGGUAGAUUGUUCAUCAUAUUUUUCUGUUGUAGAUAGAGCGGCAUAAUGGUACCAUAAUGACAAAUGCAGUAUAUCUUAUUGCAAACCAGUCACUUAGACCUUCGGAAGUAGUCGGUAUUUUUCGGUAGCCGACGGAACCCGACAAGUGCAGCGAACCGAAUCCCGAAGAAGGUUGUUUUGUUCUUACGGUCAGUGACCUUUGUCCCUCCUUUCUGGACAAAGUUCAGUGCAGGGUAUGAGUAUCUGCGAACUUGAGCGAACGUUAAGACGUAGAACCACUCUUUUCUAAGAUGGAAAAGAGUAAAGACGAGAAGAAUCUGGUGCAGAGGGCUUUCAAACAGUACAUUCUGCUGUUGAGGAGAAACCCCAUCGUCACAAAGGCCAUAACAAGUGGUUUGGUGUCAGCACUUGGGAACAUCUUGUCCCAGAAGAUCGUCAGCUAUCGCGGUGGGAAGCCAGCUCCUAUAGAAUGGCUGUCUGUACUCAGAUAUUCAGCUGUGGGAUCCUUUGUGACAGCACCCUGUGCCCACUUCUUCCACCGCUGGCUGGAGAGGACCAUCCCACCAGACAAGGAGUAUGCUGCACUGAAGCGCCUCCUUGCUGAUCGGAUACUCUUUGCACCUCCACUGAUUUUUCUCUUCUUCCUUGUCAUGAAUGCCUUGGAGGGUCAGAACCUUUCCGUGUUCCAGAUGAAGAUGAAGGAAAUGUACUGGACCACGCUGAAGAUGAACUGGAAGGUCUGGACUGUCUUCAUGUUCAUCAACAUCAACUAUGUACCUGUGCAGUACCGUGUCCUGUUUGUGAGCAUGGUGGCGCUGCUGUGGCAGACCAUCCUUGCUUCCAUCAGGAAAUAAACACAUGGAGGAUGACUACACCAUCAGCAGGACAUACUUUCCAACUGUCUGCAGACCUUUGCCAUAAUUUCAAUCAUCAGUUAUUAUUGUUUGACUGUUUUGUGCCUUUUUAAUAGUGCAGAAAAGAAGGGAAAGAAAGUCUUUUAAAAAAGGUGAAAUGCUCUGGCAAUCAGAAAUGCAUGACAUGUAUUAAAUGUCCUUGCAUGUAGUUUGUAAUAUGUAAAGGACUAAAUUUUUUAUAAUGGUAGUUAACCUUAAUCCAGUGGUUUCAAACUGCACUAUUUUGAAAAUAUAUAAUGCAAUUUGAAACUACUGUCCAUCGCCUUGAUAUCUCUUAUUAGUCUUAAUGCCCUGUUUUAACAGUAACAGAUAUAAGUAAUACCCUGCAGAUAAAGAUGAAGUCGCAUUACAUGUACAGUCAUGUAUAAUCAGGAAUUAUAUUUAAUGGAUAUUCUCCACAUACUGCAUUAUGAUGUAAAAGUGCAGCAAGAUGUAUAUAGCAUUUAUAAUGUUACUACAUGUAAUCUAGGAUGCUGUGAUGUAAUUCAUGAAUGUUGAUUUCAUUGUUUCAUUGAAAUAUGGAAUAGGUAACUAAUUACAAAGUGCCUUACAAGAGUUGUAAAAGUGAAGUACCACUCUUAUAUGUGAUUCUUUGCAAUUUAUUAUCAAGAUAUCUACAUUGAAAGCUUUUGAAUGAGAAAACAAAUGCAUAUAAUUAUGAGCCACACACAUAUCAGAAUGUAUGAUUCUCCAGGUAUAACAAGAAUUACUACAGUGUGAUAGUGUCAUUGAAGAUUUAUAUAAUAGACAUCCAGCUAUUAUAAGAUCAAUCGACUGCAUAAAAUUUGGAAAUGGUCAGACCUUUCAGACUUUUAAUCAGUGUGACAAAGAAAUUGAAAAAAUUAAAAGGAAAAAGAGGUAUACAUAUUCCACAUUGUAACCCGUUAACCCAUCUUGACAAGAUUGUUUAAUUUGUAAUAUAUGCUGUAAUUUCAUAUUUUUGUAUUUGAAUAAAAUAUUAAGCAGUUAUUAAACAGA